GUGUUGCAGGCUCCUCCGCGUGGUGCUUUUGGUGCCUUUGUGACUCACUCGAAAAGGUUCCUCGCGAGUGUCGCUCCUAUUUCUCCUCCUUAUUUCUCCUCUUCUUCCCUUUGUGGGGAAGCAGAGUGAAUAAAGACUGAUCGGAACUUAGAAAAUAAAGGCAGACUUCAAAACAGCAAAUUACAAAAUGUAGAUUGUGAAUAAUGAGCAAGAAAAAGCAAAUAUGUGUCUUAGUUAUGCCAUAAGGAGUUGAAUUGCUUUUGUGCUGCAGUGAGGAAAAAUUAAAGUAUCCGGCACUUUACAUAACCCCAUUGAACGGUCUUCCAUUCAUCAUGUGUCAAGAGGCAUUCUUACGGCAGCUUUCGGGUAGAGAUGGUGAGUGAAAGACAGUGCUAUCGGAGAGAGCGCCAUGAGGCAGCUCAAUGACGACAGAGGUGUGUGCCAAAUAUGUGUGUCAGAUAAAGCAUCCAGUAACAUCCCAGAAUGUAGUUCGAGAGGAUGUGUAGCGAGUGGAACAAGAUGCACCUAGGAAGAGAGCUAGGGAAGUGGUUCGGCAUUCUGUGAUGGAGAAAGUGCAGGUCAUGAGCGUCGGUCCGGCUGCCUGCGUUGGCCGGGGCACUGUCGGGCCUCCGCAGACCCUGAGGGGGGGCCCGCUUCCCCCUCAGGACCAGAGUGCUGAGUACAUGCGACCAAGAGACAGAAAGAGCAGCAAGGGCAGCUCGGCCCUGACUUCACAGACGACAAAUGUGAUCAACAACAAUGUGGAGGUGAACGGAUUAGUGAAUGGUGGCAUCACCAAUAGCAAUAAUAAUAACAAUAAUAACAGUAAUGUUAGUGAUAGGGGGAAUGCUCGCAAGAAAAGUACCGAUGCCAAAAACCGUGAGCAGGGGACAAUGGGCUUUGUGAGUGAGAGAGUGAGAGCACUUAGUGUCAGCAACCGGCCAAAGACGAGCUCCUCGCACAGGUUUGGGCCUCCAGACCUCCGUGCGUCUUACAAUGAGAGACUGCGGUCAGGCCCCACAAGCCUUCAGCCCCCUGGAAGGGGAGGAGGCAGUGGGCGCCCAGGUCAGGAGGUUGGGGGAGGUUUUGUAUACAUGCGAGGCACAGGUGGUCUGUAUCGCAGCAACUCCUCACUGGAGCUGGACCAUGAUGCAGAGGAGCAGCCUCCUGCAUCCCCCCUGCGCAGGGAGUAUGGCUCCCAUGGUUCCAUCAAUGUGGCUGCUGCUCCCCCAGAGACCCUCUUUAACAUCCUGCGAGAUCUCCAGCCAACUGGUAGGAUAGAACCCCCCUCAACCUCUGCAGACAAUGUGGCAGGAGCUGGUGAGGCUGAAGCCACAUCCCCCAAGGUCAGGUCCAAGUUCCAGAAGCUGUGGGACAAGGACAAGUCAUCCAUCUUUAAGAAACUGCGCUCCAGCAAAAGUACAGAGGGCAAGGCAGACAGUAAGUCUGAUGUCAACUCUGAAUCAAGUGUACCAUCGAGCUCGUCCAAGUCAUCCAAGACUGGUGAAGCCAACGGAGAGACAGACAGCCGGGGGGAGGAGCCUGUUGCCACUGUUCCUGCCAGGAGGUCUGCCUUUGCCCACUAUGAUUGCCGGUCACUAGCUGCACACCUUACAUCAGUCCACAUGCGGUCCAGUCUCACUGAGAGGGCUAACACAACCACUGGGGCCUCGGCAGCAGCCAUGGCAGGCACAGGGUCGGGUGGAUCUCAGCAUGACAGCACUGAGGACUUGCGACCUGAUGAGAGUGACCCUGGUGAUGGAAGGUCCAAUCACCUUGUUAACAGCUGCCCCUUCUUUCGGAACGAGCUUGGGGGGGAGAGCGAACGGGUUGUGAGCUUAAGCAGAGACUGGGGCUGCGGGACAAAAUCGGGCUCUUCAGCCGACCCACCUGUUCUUUACCGUUCCGUUGCCGCAACCACUAUCGGCCUUCUGGAACCUUCCACGGGUCAGUCCCACUGGAGAACAACCCUGUGUCCCUAUGUCAGGAGUCCUUACACGAUAGAGGCGGUUGACCAGGGGGCGGGCUACUACCGCAGCUAUUUCUGUGGACAAGAACAUCAAAACUGGCUUGGGGUCGAUGAUUCUUUAGGCCCUGUAGCAGUCAGUAUAAGAAGAGAGAAAGUAGAAGAUGCGACUGACAGUGCCCACAGCCUGCCUACCUACCAGUAUAGAAUAAUAGUCAGAACUUCAGAGCUUUUUAGUUGCCAAGGAACAGUUUUAGAGGAGAGCCUAGGCCGUCCAGGGGGAGAAAAAGGUCGUGGCCCCGGAGUGCGUGAGGUUCUGGAGUACGUUUGUCCACAGCUGUCGGUUGGGUGCCUUCGCUUGGGCCAUGCUACCUCGCAGACGGAAGAGGCUUUGUUGAGACUGGAUGAAUUAGGGGUACACAAGAAAUUUAAGAUUGGAGUCCUGUAUUGCCGAGCUGGUCAGACGACAGAGGAAGAGAUGUACAACAACGAGACAGCUGGUCCUGCAUUUUCAGAAUUCCUGGAGACUCUAGGCCAACGUGUCAGAUUAAAAGACUUUGACAAGUACAGAGGCGGACUUGACAAGAAGACGGACUCCACGGGUCUGUACAGUGUGUAUACCCAGUAUCGAGACCUGGAGGUUAUGUUCCAUGUGUCAACGCUCCUCCCUUUCACCCCAAACAACCGCAAGCAGCUUCUUCGGAAACGACACAUUGGCAACGAUAUCGUCACCAUUAUCUUCCAGGAGCCAGGUGCUCCCCCCUUCAGUCCUAAGCACAUCCGCAGCCACUUCCAGCAUGUUUUCAUCGUGGUGCAGGCAGUCAACCCUUGUUCGGAGAAUACACAGUAUACUGUGACUGUGAGCAGAUUUAGAGAUGUGCCAAUGUUCGGACCCAUGAUGACUGAGGGAGCCACUUUCCCCAAGUCAAAAACGUUUGCAGAGUUCCUAAUAGCCAAGGCCAUCAAUGGUGAGAUUGCAGCCUUGAGGUCCGAGAAGUUUGCAGCCAUGGCCACACGCACCCGUCAUGAGUACCUGAAGGACCUCGCCCUCAACCAUAUCUCCUCCACCACGCUCGACACUUCCACCAAAUUCUCAUUAAUGGGAUUCUCAAGAGGAGGGAAGAAGGAUAAGAGAGCGAUAAAAUACAUUUCUGACGCGAGUCUCCGGGGUGCUCUUUCCUGGCCGCUCUCUGUCAAGGACAAUGCACUGCAGCAAAAUGUUGACUGCGUAUUGGGUAUAUCUGUUGACUCUUUGGUUGUGUUGGAGGAGUCAUCAGCGUCGGUCAUCUUUGCUGCCCCCUGCAAGACUGUUAUUGGCUGGACCAUCAAACCACUUCAGGGCUUGCGGAUAUUCUACCACCAAGGCGAGUGUCUACAGAUCUAUCUAAGGCCGGGCACCCCAGAGACUGAUGCUGAGGAAAUUAUCGCUGAGAUAGUUGCCAGAUUGUCAGCUGUGACAGGGGGAGCAGAGACACAGGAGCUUGUGUUACGACGUAACUCAGCUGGAUUACUAGGGUUCAAUGUGCAGCAAGAUGGUGUGAUAACAGAGGUGGAGACUUAUGGCUUGGCAUCUCAGUCUGGCCUAAGACAAGGGGCAAGGAUUGUUGAGAUCUGCACAGUUGCUCUCUCAACACUCUCCCAGGAGCAGAUGGUGGACCUCCUCAAGACAUCAAUGACAGUGACAGUCUGCAUCGUCCCUCCUCAUCUUGAUGGAACUCCACGAAGGGGUUGCAAUGUCCCAACCUGUGGAUUCCUCCUUGGGGGAAGCGAGGGAGACUACGAGAACCUGAACACACCUGAGGAGCUCUCUAGAAAGCAUCUUAAGUCUCGGCACAACCACACGUCUAGGUAUGACCGGAGCUUGUCACCCCCACGUUCCAGCAACAGCUCUGGUUAUGGCACGGGCAGCUCAUCACGUUCGUUUACUGUCGACCAGCGUAGUGGACAUGACUACCAUGACCAGGCUAGACUACAGCAGUCCGACUACCAUGGGGAACGGCAAGAUUACCAGAAUAACAGUAACAACAACAGUAAUACCAGCAACAACAACAGUAGCAGCAGCAACAACAACAAUAUAAACAGCGAUUAUGAUCGAACUGGUGACUAUGACAGGACCCCAGACUAUAUGGGUACGCUCUCCAGCACCAGUUCAGGUCACUCGAGUGACCGGUGGACAGAACCUUAUGAGGAACCCCAAGAUUCGCCUCCCCCUCCCCUCCCAGCCAGGUCAACACAGGGCGCCAAGCGUCGUGGUGACCUCUUCCACUCCUCGUUCCAUAACCGAGGGAUGCCUGCCAGUGCUCCUCACUCCUCGUCUCCGUCCUCUUCCUCAUCCCAUCACAAUUAUGCCUCCCCUCCCUCCCAUCCAAAUUACCCUCCCUCUGGUGCCCCAUCAACAGGUUAUGCUCCCUCUCUUGGCCAGAGCUCCCUCACCCCUACUCCUAUGCUAACCUCUUCCCCCUCCCCCACAUCACAUUCCCACAAUUCGGUGGGGAUUUAUGUGACCCCAUACCACUCAUCUCACCUCAAGCCGGAGCUCGGCAUGGGCGACUCAGCCAACUACGCCGUCCCUCCCCCUCACCCACGUCCGCUGCACGUUUCACAUGAGGAGGCUGCCCACUUCCCUGGUUCUGGAGACUAUGACAAUGCCCCUCUUAAGCCUGUGGAAAGCCAGCGUGUGAGACAAAGUACAGACACCUCUGCAUCUGUAACUCUCCAGUCAUCUGCAGUUUCACAGGGUCAAGUGAAUGAGUACAUUGCAUGGAGGAAUGAACGCCUCAGCAGUAAUGUCCGUUCGAGUAGUCUUCCCGGGUACCCAGCUCGCAUACCAGGCCAAGAUGAGAACAAUUCUUCCACAGAACGACUGCACCCAACUCGCAGCGAAGAUGAGCUCUCAGGAAGCAGUGGCUCACCACAUACCCGGCGGAGGAUAAAGGGAGGUAACACAACCCCGUCAUCCACAUCCUCCCGGAAUCAGUCUCCACGCACAGUCACAACUGAGGCUCGUCUCCGACAGGCAGCCACACCUAGAAAGAGCAGCCAGAGAAAUUCAGCAAACUUAGGUUCUUCUAGUUUGCAGGAAGAGCUGUUCCGACUUAUCAACCCAGACUACAUCUCAGAUACAGAGUCACUGGCAUCAAAGGAGGGUGCAGAAAGGCCUAGAGCAUUCAGUGUCAGUCUGGGCACUGCUUCUACUGCGGGUCACAAUGCCCAAGGCAACAGAAGCAAUAACAGCUCCCUGGACAGAGUGUCUGUUAAGUCAGGAGGAGGGAGUGUGAAUGGAGAGAGAGCAAGCCCUGGUCAGGCUUUAAGUGGCAACCCUGGCAAUCCCACCAUACACACACAGGGCCCUUCACCUCCCCAACCCCCAGGUGUCAACUACCGAGGCUUCCCAAUGUCUCAAAGCAUGCCUCAGCACCUUUCAUCUGCUGCCCCUACCCCAACCCACGGACAGAUCUCCCCCGAUCCCAACCAUAAUGUCCCGUCACGGACAGAGGUGGCAGAGGUGGUAGUGCUAACAGCCAGACCAGCCACUGUUAUAUCUAAUUCAUCAGCCACGUCGAGUCCUGCCACAACCAGUGACCAGCGUGGGGACCUCAAGAUUGGAGCUGGUCCUCCAGAUCCCCGUGGUCCCCCACACCCACAUGUACCUGACCAAAGAACAGUACCUGCCAGAGACAGAUAUGUGGCCAGCAGCAGUGCAGACCCCAAUCUCAAGAACCCACAAUGGGUGGAUAUGAGCCGGGAAGGGAAGAGUGCUCCUUCUGAGACAGUGAGUGGAGAGCAGGGUGGAGGCCUUGAUGUGGACCAAGAGUGGAUGAGCCUGGUCAACACAGCCACUCAGGCAAUUCAGAAGAGUGGAGACAUGAUUGGGACAAGCCAGGCUCGGCCACCUCAUCCCGCACAGCCUCAGAACUGGCAGCUUCAAUCUUCAGUAAGAUCCGUGGAUGAUGCAAGUACACCCAUGGAUUCAGGCCACCUUCAGGAUCGAUUGGUGCAGCUAGAACGGCAACUAGCAGCUGAGCAGCAAAGAUCAGAGCAACUAGAGGAUGAAGUCUCACAACUGCGAACAGAGAAUCGUAAGCUGCAGGAGGACAGCCGUGCAGCAGCACAGCAGCUACACCAAUUCACAGAGUGGUUUUUUAACACUAUAGACAAGACGUGAAAUAUCAGUGGAAAUUUUCUUCAGAGUUCUUUGUUUAGCAGAAAAGAAUAAGAUUAAAUUUAUGUAGAACUUCCAGUGUCAAUUUGUGAUUGUGAAUUGGUGUUUUGUAGUUUAGAAAAGAAGGCAGGUAUCAUAGAUUCCCAUUAGAACAUUUUAUAUGAACACUCUAUAUGUGACUGCAGGGAAAAUAAGAUCUACUUGCUUUCUCUUAUGACAAAUGGAAGCCCCUUGAACAGAUAGAAAAUUAAGAACUGUGUGUGAUCAUACAUGAGUGAUAUGUGAGUGCUUGGAAAUGUGGCUGCAACAUGCAGGGUUAUAUGUGCCUUGUGCAUUGAUUGAGAAGUAAAGUGUUAAAAUGAGAAAUAGUAAGGUUGGAACUUUUUGGCCCCAAUACUUAAUUUUUUAUAUACAGAAAUUUUCUCACUCCUUUAUUGCAAACUCAAAAUAUAUUGGGAAGCCAAUCAGACACCUUCUAGUGUUUGCCGUCCGUGCCUUUGUCUUUGGCAAGACUACUUAAGAAACAGAACUUAACGGUUUAGUGCAUUGUGUUACCAAGUUGGUAUUAUCCUGCCAUAGCCAAGUUCAUCAUCUCCAAGAUCAGUGUGAAAAUCUUUAUUUUUCUUUCUUGACAUUUUGGUUGGGGAUGAGAUGGUAGGCGAAGGAAUGUGCCACUGCGUGUUCAUAGGUUAUGUGAAAGGAGCGUCUCAUUGAGAAUGACACAUGCAUUCACAGACAUACUUGUACGUAUUGCUGUAUACAUACACAUACUUAUCCUUAUACAGAUAUUCAUGUAUAUAUAAAACCAAAGAGAAUUUUUUUCCUGAUUGUGAAAUGAUUUUCCAUUUUCCAAUUUUUUUCCUCUUUCUCACUCUCUAGUUCCUUUUUAUUAAGGGCAACCAAAAGUUAGUUUUGGAAAAAAGUAGAACAGGGAAAGCAUCAAACAGUUUGCAUAGCAAGUGUGGACGUCUGGCAUGGGUUAAAUUCCCACGGGUCGAAGAUCAUUAUGCCUAGCAUCAGUUUUUCCUGAACUUUUGUGUGUUCCUUGGCCAAAGUAUGCAUUAAUUUUUUUUUCUUAUAGUUUACUCUCAUUACUUUUUAUUCUUCUCUCUUUUUAGUAUGUUUUUUGGCAAGUGUAAUAUAUGUGUUGAAAUAUUGUUCUGAUCACUGUACAAGUGAGCAGCUUUUCAGGAUAUUUGUGAAACCACUUUUUUUUCCAUUAGAUCAUCAUUUAUGAUGAUGAUUAUUAUUUUCAUUAUUGUUCUUUUAUUAUUACCAUCAUCAUCAUUAUGUCAUCAUUAUCAUAAUGAUUAUUUUUUUCACUUUUCCAUAGCCUGUGUUUCUGUAUCAGUAUUUGAAUAAUGUCUAGAUUCAGUUUCCUAUGAAAGUUUCAUGGAAGGAGAUACCCCAUUCUGAUGAAGUGACUUCUUGCUGUACUAAUGCAGAAAGGGAUAUUUUACCAAGCCAUUUAAACGCUGUAGAUCAGCUGCCAUAUGCGAGUGCAUUGUAAACAUUUGAUAAAAAAACCAGUGAACCAUGUGUAGGGAAUCCCACUUUUUUUAUUUUCUUUUUUAAUGAGGUGUGAUAGUCACUGAGUGUACUAAAAGGUGAGAGCAAAUAAUAAGAGGAAUAGGGAAAGAGACAAUUUCUUGUUUUAACCUAUGAAGCAAGAGAUUGGGAGGGCAAAAGUCGAAAAAGAUAGUGUGUGUGGCAUAAAAAUCUGGAAGUGUUGAUGAUGGUAAAAUUAAAGGUAAAGACGAUGAUGGCAGGAACUGUAAGCUGUGAAGUGUAUAUUGUAUAUGUUGUCUGUAUUUUCAGUGACUUACCAGUGUUAUUAUUAUUGCUAUUAUUAUUAUUUUUAAUCUGCAUUUUUUUCUUUUUUUGUGUCAAAACUGGAAGUUUUGUUUUGUGUAAUCAUCACUAUUUUUUAAUAUACAUAUAUAUAUAUAUAUACACACAUACUCAGUAUUGCUAUUGCUUUUUUUUUUUACAAUUCACUUUAUCCUGUGCCUUUGCUUUAAUGCGUCUUCACCAGAAUACCAAAGUGUGUAGCCGGCAGUACAAAAUCCUUUCAGUAUAAUACUCGCCAAAUUAUAUGGUUGAAAGCCUUUUUUCUCAUAUUUCUUUUCUUUUUAAGGAAUCAUGGAAGUGUUCCAAGUUUAUUUUAAUUUUUUUUUUUUUUUUAUAACCUAUAUAACUCAUGAUUGUACAGUUGUGAAUAGUUAAGUUGAUAGAGGUCUUUAACAUAAGUGUAUGGUGGUAGUUUCAUUACAACCAUUAAUACAGAUAAUAGUUUGUGACCAUUAUAUAGUGAUAUUGUGAAGGAAAAGGACAGGUUUCUGUUCUUGUUUUUGAUGCGAGGAUAAUUUCAAGAUGGAAGGAAAAUUGACAAACAUUUUUGUAGUUAAAUACUUGUGGAGAGAAGUUGGUGAGAUAGGUGUAAGUUGCAUUUUUGUUAUGAAUUUUUGUAAUAUUUUUCCAAUUUCAUUCUCUUUUUUUAUUUUUAUUUUUUCCCAAUUUCAUUUCAUUUCAUUUCUUAUUGUAUAAAAAGUCUAGAUCAACACAUCAGUCAAUUCUUAAGAGUAAAAUUCAGUCCAAAAGAAAAAAAAGAAAAGGCUCGAAUAAGCCUUCCUCCAACUUCGUUCCUCUGUGCUUUGGUCCUUCCAAAUUCCUGUGAUGUGCAGAAGACAAAGCAAUGAUAGAGCCCUUGCUGCAGUUUUAGCCUAGCAUUUGUGAAAUAGUAAGUAGACUCCCCCCCUCUUAUAAGGCAUCUAGAAUCCAACCUUUUCUUCUUCUUUUUGCACUAUUUUCUCACACUGAAUUGUAGUGCCUGCUCUAUUUUAUUCUUUUCUGAUCUCUCUUGCUCUUAUUCUUUACUUGCAGAGAAUAAAAAAAAUAGAAAUGGACUGUUGGAACGUUUCAUAUUUUGGGCAUAUAUUGUACGUAGGUUUGAUGAAUCUACAUAUAACUUUACCUCAAGACAAUCAUUAAACAUUAUCAUUGCAUUGUGAGUACAGCUGACAGCUUGCACAGGGCCCCAAAAAAACAAACAGAUCAAAAGAAAGAAAAAAACAAAAAAUGGUGGUAUGAUUAAAUAUUCAAGAGGAAAGAAUUGAAAUUUUAAUGAGCAAUAGAAAUGCAUAUUGUACAAAUACCUAACUUGAUUUAUUAAAAUUACCAGAAUUAUUAUUUGAAAGUUCAUUUUUAAUUAAAGAGUUGAUCAGCAUUGCAAGAAAAGAAAGUGUGCCUUCAACUGAGAUUUUUCCUUGUGCUUGUUGUUAGCUGAAACUUGCAAACACAUCAGCAUUCAAAAUUGUAACAUAGAGAAUCAUUGUUCAUGUUGAAAACAUUUUGCAAAGUUGCUAUUUCAAAUGCACAGCACUUUGUAGAAUAUUUAAUAUUAUGUAGGCACAUAGUGCAAGUGCAACAGUACACAUGUAACCCAUGAAAGUUCUUUUACAUGCAUGCUGCCAAGUUGCACAUUUCAUUGUUUAGUUUUUUUUUUUUUUUUUUAAAUGUUUUUCUAACUCUUUUUUAUUUUAAUAUCUACUACAGAACAUUUAUUAGCUAAUGGAAAUUAUUAAAGGACUAAAACCCUAAGAGCAUCUAAUGAAAGUGAGAAGACAUUGAAGAUUUAGAUCUUAAGAUUGGGAAAGUGAUUGUAAGAUGCACAGACUGGCAUGAAAAGGGACCAUAACAUAGUGUGUAAUUACCAAAUUAUUUUUUACAUCAAAGGACCUACAGUAUACCAAUUAGCAUAUUACAGUAUGUAUUUAUCUUCCGAGUGCAUUUUGACUUGUAUAUUUGAAUAAAUUUACAUCAGUUAUUAGCCUUUCUUGAGAUAUUACUGUAGGGACAUGAUCUCUUAAAAAACUGUACAUUGUUAUUUUGAAGCAAAAAUUUUCAUAUAUGGUGGAUGUAGGGAAGAAUGGAAGAAUUUAUCCAUUUAGGGAUGAAAAGUCUUGCAGUCUGCACUGUCAGGCAUGACAAACCUGUCCAAAUUUGUUUUGUACAUGCAAGAUAAAUUGUGUAGAUGCACCAUAAUUUGUAAGCUAUGUGCCUUACAUACAAAUAGAAUUUGUAUUUUAAAA